AUGUCGGCGCGGAACGCUAUGGCUGCGAUGCUCGACGAGCUUAUGGGACCAAAAAGAAACGUCGAACUGGGGAAGGACACCACAGUAACGUUUGAUGAUCCCGAUAUAUGCAAAUACUACAUAGUUGGUUUUUGCCCACAUGACAUGUUUGUCAACACCAAGGCUGAUUUAGGUGCUUGUCCACGGGUACACGAUGAUAAUCUACGUUUGGAGUAUCCGAAAAGUGAUAAAUUUGAGAAGCUAGGAUUCGAAAGAGAGUUUCUUAAGUUUUUAUCACGUUUGGACGAGGAUAAUCAGAGGAGAAUUCGAAAGAAUCUUGAGAAACUCAAAACUAAUGAGGAAAACGGCCAAGCCGGUGAGGAAGGUUUGGUUGCCAAAUGUCAGGAGCUUGUAGAUAAAGCUGAGCAAUUGGAGAAACAAAAAGCAUCCAUUGUGGAGGUAAGAAAGCACCCGCCCUUCGUAGAGUGUCGUGUUUGUGAAGUUUGCGGAUCAAUGCUCAUAAAGAAUGAUGCACAAUGCCGUGUAGAAGAACAUCUAAGCGGCAAAAUGCAUAUGGGAUUCUCAAAAAUAAAAGUUACCAUUGAAGAACUUCGGGAGAAUGAAAAGGAACGCCAGAGAGCUCGUGAAGAACGUGAGAAACGCAAGUUGCUAGGAAAUAAAAAGGAUAAAGUUAUCGGGUUGACCAAUCCCUGA